AUGUCUGCCCCAGCUCACAAUUUUAAGGUCGCCGAUAUCUCGUUGGCUGCUUUCGGUAGAAAAGAUAUCGAAUUAUCUGAAAAUGAGAUGCCUGGUUUAAUGUAUAUCAGAAAAAAGUAUGGUCCAACACAACCAUUAAAAGGUGCUAGAAUUGCAGGAUGUUUGCACAUGACUAUCCAAACUGCUGUUUUGAUCGAAACUUUAGUUGCUUUAGGUGCUGAAGUUACAUGGUCUUCAUGUAACAUUUUCUCCACUCAAGAUCACGCUGCUGCUGCCAUUGCUGCUUCGGGUGUUCCUGUUUUUGCUUGGAAGGGAGAAACUGAUGAAGAAUACGAAUGGUGUAUUGAGCAGCAGUUAUUUGCUUUCAAGGAUGGUAAGCAAUUAAACUUGAUAUUAGAUGAUGGUGGUGAUUUGACCACCUUGGUUCAUCAAAAGCAUCCAGAAAUGUUGAAAGGUUGUUACGGUUUAUCUGAGGAGACCACUACUGGUGUCCAUCACUUAUACAAAAUGUUGAAGGAGGGUACUUUGAAGGUUCCUGCUAUCAAUGUCAAUGACUCCGUUACCAAAUCUAAGUUCGAUAACUUGUAUGGAUGUCGUGAAUCCUUAGUUGAUGGUAUCAAAAGAGCGACAGAUGUUAUGAUCGCUGGUAAAGUGGCUGUUGUUGCUGGCUUCGGUGACGUUGGUAAGGGUUGCGCAAUGGCUUUACACGGAAUGGGUGCAAGAGUUAUCGUAACAGAGAUUGACCCCAUCAAUGCUUUACAAGCUGCUGUUUCUGGUUAUCAAGUUGCCCCAAUGGAAGAGGUUGCAUCAAUUGGUCAGAUUUUUGUCACCACCACCGGCUGUCGUGAUAUUAUCACUGGUAAGCACUUUGAGCAAAUGCCAGAAGAUGCUAUUGUAUGUAACAUCGGACACUUUGAUAUUGAAAUCGAUGUUGCUUGGUUAAAAGCUAAUGCUAAAUCAGUAGUUAACAUUAAACCUCAAGUUGACAGAUUCUUGAUGAAAAAUGGUCGUCACAUUAUAUUGUUAGCCGAAGGUAGAUUGGUCAACUUAGGUUGCGCAACUGGGCACUCUUCUUUUGUCAUGUCAUGCUCCUUCUCAAACCAGGUUUUGGCUCAAAUUGCCUUGUUCAAGGUUAAUGACGAGAAAUUCAGAUCCCAAUUCCCAGAGUUUGUUAAGACCGGAAAGUUCGAUGUUGGCGUCCACUUGUUACCAAAGAUCUUGGAUGAGACCGUCGCUAGGUGUCAUUUAGACCACUUGGGUGCAAGAUUGUCAGAGUUAUCUACCGUUCAAGCUGAAUACUUAGGUAUUCCAAAAGAAGGUCCUUUCAAGGCUGAUAUCUACAGAUAUUAA